GAAGUAACUGUCUUACACAUUUGUUUUAAAAAAAAUUGAGAGGUCGAGGUAGAGGUUUAAGCCUGGUUUAGAGAUAUUGUAGGUGAAUAUAACAAGGUAUGUCUUGUAAAAGGGGGCUAAUGUGAAGUUAUGCCACAUUUCCGUAUGUUUAUGGCUUUCUAAAACGAAAGGUAGGGGUGCUCUGACAAAAGCAGGUACUUCAAAACUAUUGCAUAUGUUGGUUAUGCUUGAUGUAUUUCCACUUCAAGAUAAAUUAGAAGAUCUGAGAAGACUGGGGGAUACAGUUGUGCAGGAGACAUGUAAAUAUGCCAGAGAAUCAAUGGAACAUCUUACGAUAGCAGUUACGGCAUACAUUUGCCUUUGUGUUGUCUUCUAUUUGGCAACUGUGUACUUGAAGAUCUCUCCAGAUUGUAGACAUUUGAGAACUGUAAAAAGAGUGUUGUUUGUGAUAGCCCAUCCAGACGAUGAGUGUAUGUUUUUUGGACCCGUUAUACUUAAACUAGCUCAACAGAGUGACUGUCAAAUAUUUAUAUUGUGCCUUUCAGAAGGGGAUUAUAAUCAAGAGGGAGUAGUAAGGAAACAAGAGCUGUGGGACAGCUGUAGAAUCCUUGGUAUUCCUGACAGCAACAUCACUUUAUGCAAAAAUUCAUACCUGCCUGAUGAUCCAGCAGUGAGAUGGCGUGAAGAUAUAGUGGCAAACCUUCUGUUAAAUCAUAUUGAAGCUUUAUCCAUAGAUACAGUAAUAACCUUUGAUAAACUUGGGGUCAGUCGGCAUCAAAACCAUAUAUCUAUAUUUUAUGCUACAGCAUACCUUUGUAUGGAACAGAAACUUCCAUCAUACUGCAAGGCAUAUGCACUGGAGUCCAUCAAUACACUGAGGAAGUACUCAGCAAUGCUGGAUAUUCCAAUAAGCUACCUCCUUUCUUCAUAUUGGUACAUUAUAUCACUCAGUGAUCGCAAGAUUCUGAAGACAGCAAUGGCUGCCCACCGUUCACAGUAUGUGUGGUUCCGGAAGCUCUAUAUGAAUUUCUCACGGUAUGCAGUUAUAAAUACGUUCAAGGAGAUUGAGAUUUUGGAUCUAGAACUGGAUUUAGAGCUGGAUGACUGAGUCAGCUUUGACUGUACAAAGGAGCAGACUGUGCUGCUAGUCUGUUUCAGCAUCUUCCAUCCAUAGGGGUGUGUCAUGGUUGUGCAGAUCCAUAUUAGGGGCUGAAGUAACACCAGAUUCUCUGUGUUCACAUUGAAUUGUGCUUGGUGGGCAAACCUAGUAAUGCUCCAUUCUGUAUGAUGAGUCAAGAUUUAUGGUAAAUUCUGGGCUUCUUGGUGCUUGAUUUUCCUACAGUAAAAAGUUCUAAAAAUAUUUCAGACAUUCAGUACAUAGUCCAUACAAGAAUUUAUAUUGUGCAUGUAUGCAUAAAGAAAGUGUUUUUGAAUUUUAAUAAGAAGUGAAUAUACUGUACUAAUUAAAAGAACUGUAUAUACAUAUAUACACCAAUUUAAAAAUGUGUCUCAUUUAUUAAAUAUAGAUGUUGCAAUGUAUUCUGAUGAAAACAAUUUGCUAUUACUGUCGUGGCAUCUCAGUGGUAUUCAUGAACUGCUCACUCUUGUGACAUGCACCUCAAAGGUGUAAAGGGGCACAAAAUUCUUGGUACAAGGCCCCUGCAUGAAAGUCAGCAGAUCUACAAAUUAAAGGAGUUCUUUUGAAGAGGUUUCCAAGAUAAAUUCUCAUUCAUUCUUACAACUGCUCCUGCACCCUUUUGCUGAGGAACCCAGAUAUACAUAGCAUCAUGAUCUUCCUCACUGUGUAGUCAGUGCGUGUCAAUUUAGCAGUUUGAAACUGUCACUAUCCUCUUCUAACAUAGACUGGGAAUGCUUUGAUUUUUGUUGUGAUAUCCAAAUAUACAUGUAUUCAUUAGCUGUAAUACAAGAAUGGUUUAGGGA